ACAGUUGUGUUAAGUCGGCUUAGAGAGAGAUUGCCCUAAUUUGUCUUCGAGCAGCGGGCGAUCUUCGAGCUUAGUUCCGAUGAAGACGGUGACGGGAAGAGUUACGAGGGAGAAACCGAUCGCUCUCUCAAAGGCGGCAACGCUUCUCUCAAGUUUCGUUUCCUCUGAGACAGAGGCCUCUCAAGACGUUGCCGCGUACCUCCGACGCGCCUCAGCUGCCUUCACUGAGCUAAAGAGCUUCCACAGGGAGAUUAGAUCUACCAAGGCAAAGGACGAGCACAAUCCGAGUGUCGAACUCGAGGAUAAGAAGAAGAGCAGAGAAGAAGAUGUUGCUGUGGUGAAGUUGGAAGAGGAGCAAGGGAAGAAAGAGAGAAAGAAGAAGAAAGGGGAAGAAGAUGUUGUUGACGAGAAGGUGGAUGUGAGGUUGGAAGAAGGGCAGAGGAACGAAGAGAGCAAGGAGAAGAAGCGCAAGAAGAACAGAGGUGAAGAAGAUGUUGUUGAGGAGAAUGUGAAUGAAGAGAGAAAGGAGAAGAAGAAGAAGAAGAAGAAGCGGAAGAGUGAUGAUGGAGAGAUUGGUUCUGAGGAGAGAAAGAGCAAGAAGAAGAGGAAAUCAAAGGAGAUUGAUGCUUGA